AUGGAACGUGGGCCAAACCUUCAACAGGACUUACAAGCAUUAAUAUUGCGGUGGAGGAGGUUUCCCUUUGUUUACACCGCCGACAUCGAAACAUUUUAUAGAGAGGUCCGAAUACAAGAACAAGAUCAGCAUCUGCAGAGGAUUCUGUGGAGAGAUUCCGAAGAAGACAAGAUCAAAGAAUACCAGCCGUGUACCGUAACAUACGGUACUAAAGCUGCUCCCUUUUUAGCGAUGCGCACAAUAAAACAAUUAAUUUACGAUGAUGGUGCUCAGUACCCACUUGCUGCUGAAAUAUUGCAGAGUCAGCUCUAUGUCGAUGAUCUCCUCGCCGGGAGCUAUGACCUUCAACAAGCCAAGGCCACUCAACAGCAAUUAAUCGAUCUACUCAAACAAGGUGGUUUUAACCUGCGCAAGUGGGCGAGCAACGACAAACGCUUAUUAGAAGAUCUUAAACCCGAUCAAAUUAGUCAAAACAUGAUUGACUUCAAGCACACCGAAACAAACAAGACAUUGGGAGUUAUGUGGAACCCCUCUACGGAUCAAUUUACAUUUCACCAUCCAGUGGAAAUAACAAACGAGUGCACUACAAUUACGAAAAGAUCGUUGCUAUCUCAACUAUCAAAGCGAUACGAUCCACUCGGCUGGCUUUCACCUGCUACUAUAAAGGCCAAACUUAUUUUCCAACAACUGUGGACUACAAACCUCAACUGGGAUGAUCCCGUUCCACAAAACGUACAAAAACAGUAG